AUGUUUCGGGCAGCCAGCGUAAGAAAGCUUAUUGCUCGUUCGAUCACAACAUCCCGUCGCGCCUUCUCAUGCACCCACAACCCCGCCUCGAUAGAUGCGGAUCAUUACACCUGCAACCUCGACGCCGAGCCGCUCCAUCGAUAUCGAGCGGGCGGCUAUCAUCCCGUCCGGCUAGGUGAUAUAUUUCACCAUGGGCGAUACAAAAUCCUACACAAACUCGGCUGGGGCAGCUAUUCCACCGUUUGGGCCGCGCGAGACUCCAGGCAAGUAAGCCCUUCCUUUGCUCCGCUUGGGACUCAUCUUCGCGCACUAACCGAAGCAGUGAGCAAACGUAUGUUGCCAUCAAGAUUCCCGGCGACGUUACCUGCCUCUUUGCUGGACCAAUUCCCACUCACAGGACCAAAUGGAGUGCACCACUGCCUGGUGCUGGAUAUCGUCGGAACUAGCGUGCAGGACGUGGUGGAGAAUCGCUUUGAUAUGACCCGUCUGCCCGGCCAACUGGCGAGGAGGAUUGCACAGCAGGUGAUACGAGGAGUGAAUUGUCUACACGACCAUGGAAUCGGGCAUGGAGAUCUCCACAUCCACAACAUCGCCUUGGACGUCCCACCAGCACAUUCCCUAUCGACGGAGGACUUCGUGCAGAUCUACGGCGCCCCUGAGACUAUGCCCGUGGUCAGGAAGGACGGCCAGCCGAUCGUUGAAGCGGGAAUACCUCCCUACCUCGUCGCACCGGGCACUCGCAAAGACGACCUGGAUGUCGACACUGUCAACGUCAAAAUCGUCGACUUUGGCGGGGCGUUCAUCCAGUCGACUUCCGCAUUGGAGAUCCACACUCCGCUCGUGGUUCGCGCGCCGGAGGCCAUUUUUCGCGAUGAGUACGUCGAUACUAGGGUGGAUUUGUGGGGUCUGGGUUGCAUGAUCUUCGAACUCGUCGCCGGCCAGCCGCCGUUCGACAACAUCCUCGUCACGCCCCCCUCUCUCGUCCGCCAGAUGCUGACUCUGACGGGCGAUGCUCUUCCGGAGCGAUGGCACGCGAAGUGGCAAGCGAUGUCCGACAGAUCCACUGGUCGUCCGACGAUAGAAGAAGACGAGGAGGAGGACUUGCGGACGCUCCAGUCAUGGCUGGAAGAGGUUUAUUUGGAGGGAGAAGGCGAGGCGGGCCUGGAUCGAGAUGAUCUACGGAGAGUUGGUGGGCUUGUACGAUCGAUGCUUCGCUUGGAGCCUGGGGAGAGGGCGUCCACGCGGCUGGCUUUGCGGGAUGAGUGGCUUGCAUAG